CUGUCGUCCAUAGUUCGUUUUAACAUGGUGCGAAGAUAGUACCUGAACGUCGAGAUUAGAUGGUUUAACUGAGACAAAUAGACUUUAUAGGUGAGAUAUAUUUUUUUUCAUCAAACCUCACCUGUCGUCGUGUACUUUCAGGAUUCAAAUUCGAGUUGGCUUUUCUUUUUUUUUUUUAGUUUCGCACUGAGUGAUUUGUGACGUCGGUUAGCCUCGUAGCUUUUGAUGCUAAUGCUCGCUAGUUAGCAAAGGCCAGUGCCCAACGCUUUGCAGUAACACAUAAGGCUUUUUCUAUAAGUGAGACAUAAUGGGAUCGUCCAAGAAACACAAGGAAAAGAGCCGCGACAAGGACACCGAAGAGCGCCGCCGCGAACACAAGAAACAUCGCCACAAGGACCGGGACAGAGAUGCUGCCGACCGAGAUGGGACUCGGGAUAAAGAGAAACGAAAACGCUCCAGAUCCAGGGAGAGGAGCGGGCGGGAGAGCCGCAGCAAAGGUGAAAAGGGUAGCGGAGAGCCACGAGUGAAGAAGGAGAAAGUUGAUGUUGGUUAUGAAGAAAGCAGUGCAGAAGUUGGGCCUCAGUCUGCAAGUGGAGACGCAUCUCUCAGCAUCGAGGAUACGAACAAACUGCGAGCCAAACUGGGUCUAAAGCCUCUGGAAAUGAGUGACAACAAGAAGGAGCUGGGGACCAAAGAAGAGCCAUUAGUUGCUGAAACUAUCAACCCUGUUCUCAUUAAACAGCAGAAAGAGAUGAGAGAGAAACUCGCAGCUAUGAAAGAGAAACGUAUCCAGAAUCAGAAACUGGGAAAAGUCAAAACCCUAGCAGAGGAUGACUGGCUUGACGACACAGCCGCGUGGGUUGAGAGAAGCAGAAAGAUGGCGAAGGAGAAAGAAUUGGCGGAUAAAAGGGCCAAAUUGCUGGAGGAGAUGGACGAGGAGUUCGGUGUCAGCAAUCUGGUGGAGGAGGAAUUUGCGCAAAGCAGACAGGAGGCCUACACAUCGGGAGAUCUCAAGGGACUCAAAGUGCAGCACAAGGUCGACUCCUUCAACGAGGGUCAGACUGUCAUCCUGACCCUGCAGGACAAAGGUGUACUCGAAGAGGAAGAAGAUGUGCUCGUAAACGUGGGAAUGGUGGACAAGGAAAAAGCCGAGAAGAAUGUGGAGUUGAAAAAGAAAAAGCCAGAGUAUAAGCCCUAUGAAGAAGAGGAGAGUGUGGAUGAUAUGGUGACAUUCAAGUCACACUCUGUGCUGUCAAAGUACGAUGAAGAAAUUGAGGGUGAAAAGAAAAAGAGUUUCCGGUUGAAUACUGGGGGCUUUGCUGAUGGAGAGCGAGAGCGGGAACUUCAGGCUAUGAGAGAAGCUCUAAGAAAUCAGGCCCAGACUUUGGAAAUGCCGGCUCUCACUAUCGCCUCAGAGUAUUACACACCUCAAGAAAUGGUGGGCUUUAAGAAGACCAAGCGCCGCGUGAGGAAGAUCAGAAAGAAGGAGAAGCAGACCGCUGAGCGUCUCCCUGAUGACACCCGCAGCACUGAUUUUGGCUCCAGGUCACGUGGUCGAGGUCGCAAACAGGAGGGUGAAGACCUGGAGGAAGUAAAGGAGGAGGAGGAGGAGGAGGAGGAGAACGAACGAAAGAGCGAACCGUCACACAAUAUCCCCCUAUUGUCUGAUGACAUCAGGACCGCAGAAAUGGACAUAAGUGACGACGAGGACUUUACAUUACCUGAGCCUGACGUAAUUGAGGAGGAUGAGGCCGAGCAGGAGCUGCAAAAACAACUGGAGAAGCAGAGGAAGCUGAAGCAAAAGCUGCUUCUCAAAGACUCUGGGGAGAAGAUUGCAGAACAGAUUAAAGUCCUUGAUAAAGAGGACAAUGAAAAUGAUCCCGAUAAGAGAAACAACAUUGUCUUUAAUGCCACCUCAGAGUUUUGCAGAGCGCUUGGUGAUAUUCCAACUUACGGACUGUCAGGCAACAGAGAGGACCAAGAAGACAUGAUGGACUUUGAACAAGAGGAGGAGAAGGAUGAUGCUGGAGGUUCAGACUCAGAAAUGGAUGAGAAUGUUGGCUGGAGCACAGUUAACUUGGAUGAAGAGCAGAAACAACCAGAUUUCUCCACAGCCUCUGCCACCAUUUUGGAUGAAGAGCCCAUCGUCAACUCCGGCCUUGCUGCUGCACUGCUGUUGUGCAAAAACAAAGGACUGUUGGACACUCAAAUGCAGAAGAUAGCUCGUGUCAGAGCGACGAAAGGCGCAUUGCCUAAUGACAACUACUGCAUUGAGGACAAGAUGGGCUUUGAUGACAAGUACAGUAGGCGUGAAGAAUACAGAGGCUUCACUCAAGACUUCAAAGACAAGGAUGGAUACAAGCCUGAUGUCAAGAUCGAGUAUGUGGAUGAAUCUGGAAGGAAACUCACUCCCAAAGAAGCCUUCAGGCAGCUUUCACAUCGAUUCCACGGGAAAGGGUCUGGAAAGAUGAAGACAGAGAGGAGGAUGAAAAAGCUGGAAGAAGAAGCUCUGCUGAAGAAGAUGAGCAGCAGUGAUACUCCGCUGGGGACAGUCGCUUUGCUUCAAGAGAAGCAGAAGUCUCAGAAAACACCUUAUAUUGUGCUUAGUGGGAGUGGGAAAAGUAUGAAUGCAAACACCAUCACUAAAUAAGUUGGGGCAGAAGUGAAUUAUUUGUAAUUCAAAAAUACACACGUAUUCACACUCACUCAUUUAAACACACACACACACACACACACACACACACACACACAAACACAAAAUGUUUAAAGUAACUUCUUCAAUUUUAUUCCUAAUUCAUGUGUGCUUCAUUGUUGUAGUAAAGAAUAAAGAGACUACCAAUGAGA